GAUUUCUCUUCCCCUCCCUCAUACAUAGCCGAGAGUGUCUAAUGAUCGCAUCCCAAAAUUAACAUAUACUUCUUGAAAGCUUUUGAAUUAAUUGACAGCAUUUCCAUAUUCGCGUUCAUGGCUGGCGGUUGAUACCCCGCGCUUAUACUUUCCUAGAAUACUUCCUUCACGACUAUUCACUAAUCGCCUAUGCCCACAUCCAGCCAUGCUGCGUAGCGGGUCUUGCAGCUGUCUUCACGAUCCAUUGCAACCAAGUGAUGACCAGUAUUUUCACCCAUGUUGCGGCACAGCCUGCCUGUCCCAAACAUCAAGUACGACGUCGCUUCCAAUCUCCCUAGUUAUAUGACCGGUGGAGCCCAUUCAAUAAAGCCAUAUGAAGAGCCAUCAUGUGGCGCUUGCACGAAUUUCCAACGAUCUAGCUGUAGUUCUGCAGUGCUCUCUAUCCCUUAUAAAUCCACGACUAGGAUACUGCAUUCCGACGCUCAACAUCGUCAGUAUCGAAUCAUGGAACAGCUACCUUCGUGUGCGCUGAACUGUCUUGCUCGUGCUGCUAUCGCUGCUGAUUGUGGUCUCACUGACAUCUCGUGCGCAUGUGGUAGUAAAGUCUACUUCAACUCCGCGACAUCUUGUGUCACCGUCGCUUGCAGUGUUAGGGAAGCACUUUACACCCAAAACCAGACGUCAGCUUUAUGUCAUGUCGAACCAUAUACCGAUAGGCGAUUCGUCCCUGUGAUCAUAGCAUUUUUCAUUCUCACUUUGAUUGUUGUUCUGCUGCGUAUCGCCUCACGGGUCGUGUCACAAGCAAAGUUUUGGUACGAUGAUUACUUCAACUUUGCGGCUUUUGUGGCCACUAGCGUGUACACCUUGAAUGAUAUUUCUCUGUCAAAUGACGGGUUUGGCGUUGAUCUUUGGGCUGUCCCGCAAGGAAACAUCGAUUACAUUCUCAUUAAUUUCCUUGUCGGCUCGGUUCUAUACUUAACGUCUAGAGCACUCGUUCGCAUCUCAAUCAUCUUAUUCUAUUUACGCAUAUUCGGCACAACAAGUGCCAAAGCUAUUAUCAUGUGGACACUGGCCGUCGUGGUGAGCCUAUUCUUCGGAGCUCUAUUUCCCAUCAUCUUCCAGUGCUCUCCAGUAAGCUAUACUUGGCUGCGCUGGGAUGGCACUCACCAAGGUCAAUGCAUCAACUUCCGCAUCUUUAUUUGGGCUAUUACAAGCAUCGCCAUUGCUGUGGACUUUUGGAUUGUCAUCGUUGCCUAUAGACUCGUGGCUCCUCUACAUCUACCUCUCAAGAAAAAGAUUAUGGUGUCUGCUAUGUUUGCUACAGGACUUCUUACUAUCGCCAUCAGCAUUGCCAGACUGCCAUACAUCGAUCAGUUCACUGUGACUAAGAACCCUACUAUCGACUGGGUACCUAUUACCCUUUGGUCUGCACUGGAGAAUUUUGUGGGAGUCAUCUGUGCCUGUUUACCUAGCCUCCCGGCUCUCCUGAAAUCCCGCCUAAGGUCGAAAACUUUAAACACGAGCGGGGAUCGCAGUAUUUUAGGCUCGCAAAGUGCGAAGGUUGGCGGACAUGAGAUAGGGUCUCUGAAAUACGCUCCCAUAUACGAAAUGGAGACUGUUCAUGGGCAGACGUCACAUAUAUAUCAAGGAGGCGGAAAUGGCCCUGUUGGAAGCCCGCAUAGGACUCACAAUUUCGGUGAUCCGGGAUCUAAGACUCCAUAAUCAUGUAGGAGAAACGGGCCGUCUCAGCAGCGCGCUGAAGAGCAAAGCUAACGAUAGGAGAGUGGGAAAGGGAAUAGUGGAAGCUACAGAAGAUUCGCAGUUGAAAUAUUUAUUAAUUUAUCUUUCAUUAUCUUGCCCUUAUAUGCUUAAUUAAUAUACACACAGAGUGAGUAGCACUUCUGGGAUUAUGUUCCUUAUGUUAUCAGAGAAUCACGACAUUCCCAUACUCCAGUAGCUUCUCAGCCCGAAGAAAGGCUUGGGCUUCUUGUGCAACAACAAGA